AUGACAGGGGAGAGAGGGCUUGACGGGUCUCUCACGGUCAAACUGGGGUUUUGUCCGGCCUUGAGUACAAUCUCGGUGCAACACAAAGUUGCAAUUUUGCCAAUAAUUUUUUUAGCAGCUCUGCUCAAUCACUCGAUCGAUCGAACAAAAGCUAGUACCAGCACUCCCAACUUCAACAAUACAGGUACAGGUAUAUUAGCAGUUACACAUCAGGACCAGCCAGUAGCCGCUCGACUUGAAGCAGCAGUGGAGCUCCGGGUGAUAUCCAGCAGGAGUUGGUCCCAGGUAGCAAGAAUCACUGAAUCAGGCCAUGCAUUGUUUGCACCUACAGAACAUCAGCAUUUGAGUACCACCGGUCCCAUCAAAUGCCCGAGAGGAUCAGCCACUGCUGACCCCCUCAAUACUAGAUCAAAGGCAGGCACAAACAAAAUGCAGGCCGGCAAAAGAGGUAAUUCGAGACGCACCCUGGUGAACACCGCCGGUAUCCAGAUGGCCUCCACCCAGGAAUCACGAGGGAGCACUCGUGCGCAAAGCGCGGAAGAAGAUAUCAGCCAGGUCCUAGGGAGUGUUCCCAAUCACCCAACGAUCACCAAAGGAAGCCGGGUGGACAAAUUGAAGGUGAUGAAUCCGCCCGAGGCCGCAUCGACAGGUAUGUCACCGAGGGCCAUGUCUUUAGGUGUAGAAGGGGACGACAACGACAUGCAGGACAGUAGAUCUAUACACUACAGAAGAGCAGCAUCAGUAGACCACCGCAGAAAAAAGGCGACAGGGCCUGAUUUAUCAGGCUCAUUAAAAGCGAGUGCAACUGAGGCUACUGGGGAUGACAAACGUGGCAAGCAGGCCAGCGAGGACUCUGGUAGACACAGGAGUAACAGCAAAGUGGAAGACAAACAGGCCCCGGCGGAAGAGGCACCCAGUCCACCGGCUGUUCAGGAGGACCAAGAUGAUCAGGUAUCUUUGCAGACAAGACCAUGA